AUGAGUGACGCAGCAAGUGGCCUACGUAGUAUUGAGGUUAGCGCUGACCAACAUUACUCAGAGGUAUUUUCUUCGUUGCGGAGCCUGCAGUCGCAUGGUGAACUGUGUGACGUAGAAAUUCGCACUGGAAAUGGGACAAUACUUGCCCAUAAGGUUGUUCUGGCGGCUGUUGCUCCAUACUUCGACGUAAUGUUUGCCGGAAAUAUGGAAGAUUCAAGAGUUUAUCGAAUUACCCUUCAAAGUAUCGACCACGAAAUCCUCAACAAGUUAAUUUUGCAUGCGUACGGUUGUACUCUGGUCGUUUCGGAGGAGAAUGUUCAAGCAUUGUUGGUUGCAGCUGACUUCUUACAGCUCCAACAUGUCACUGAGAAGUGCUCAGAGUUCAUUAUCGACUAUAUCCUUAAUAACGAAAAUGCUCUAGGAAUUGGAGAGCUUUUCUCUGCAUUAGGGCAUAGUUCGCGGGUUCUGGAAGUCGAGAAGUUUGUAAAAACAAACUUUUUGUCUAUCACUCUGACUGAAGAAUUCAUCACACUACCCAUCGAUAAACUUGUGGAGCUAUUGUCCAGGAACAAUUUGAACGUAAUCGAGGAGGACGUUUUCAUAGCUGCUGCGCGUUGGAUCGAACACUGUCCGGCGCGAGUCCAAGUCGCUUUUCGAGUUCUUUCGUGCGUUCGUCUCCGCCUGCUCAGAAAAGAAUUUCUCUUCAACGUUGUCGCUCGCCACCAAGCGUUUCUGAGCGAUAACUCCUGUCGUAGACUUAUUGAUGAAGCGAAGAGUUACCUUCGGAAACGUGACCCAUGUCUUCGUGCACUUUUUUCCAGAUCAGGACGUCGUAGCUCUUAUCGCUACUGGGCAUUAUUUUUAGUAGGUGGAUUGAAUUAUGGAGUACGAUUUGCUAAGGAAGCCAAGUACGACUUUUUCACAGAAAAGUGGAGCGAAAUAGCGCGGAUGAACAUCCCACGGACAUCUCACGCUGUUGCUGUUAACGACCGAAAGAUGAGUCAUUAUCUCUUGUCGGAAUUCCAGUUCUUUUUAUUUGUGAGAUUAUUGUUCGUUUGGAUGUCUAUUCUUCCCCUUGGAAGUAUGCUCUAA